AUGGUAUUUGGUGGUCCAUUGGAAUGCCGAAAUUCGACGGCACCUCCAACGCUUUCUUUCUUCUCAUCUGCUGUUUCUUCACUACUUAUGCUGAUAACAGUUCCAGGGAAUCUUCUCAUUUGUUUAGCAGUUGCUAAAGAUCCUUACAAGACACUCAGAUCACCCUUCAAUCUUUUUCUGUUGAACAUUUCAGCAGCGGAUCUUGUGGUGGGUUUACUCGUUCUGCCAUUGUCCAUAGUGUUUCACUUUCUGGAAGGAAUAGGUAUCAUGUUCGCUCCACUGAUCAAAUCUUUGCAUCUUUCCUUCUUCAUUUCAUGUUCAGCUUCUGUAUUGGGCAUCGCAGCUUUGAGUUUGGAUCGUUAUAUUUGUGUUACAUCUCCCAUGAAAUACCGCUUGAAGCUGAAAUCUUUGCAAGUUAAGAGGGCAUCGCUAAUCAUUUGGCUGAUAUCUGUGGUUUGUCCCAUCACGUAUCUGUAUGUUGACUUUAUAAUAUACACCUUUGUGUUCGCCAAUGGAACUCUUCUUUUUACACUCCUGGUUUUAGCCUUUGUAAACCACAAGAUUCACCGCAGUCUCCAAAUUCAACGAAAACAGCUUCAAGCUCUCGCGGACGGCAAGGAUUUUCAGACGACAGUAGCCAAGCGCGAUGCAAGAGUUACAAAAACAUUCCUGUUCUUUCUUGCCUCAUUCAUAGUCUUAACUGUUCCUCCCUUGUCGUUCAGUUAUGUGUUAAACUUCUGCUCAACGUGCAGCUGCAAAACAAUCCACAUUCUAAGAGAUCUUCAGUUCCUCUCGAUAUUAUUUCCCAGUUCGGUAAAUCCUUUUAUUUACGCUAUAAGGCUGCCAAACUUCAAAAGAGCCAUUGCAGUGAUAUGUUCCACAAUCUCAAAAUACCAAUUUUUCUCAACGAACCCUGGACAACCAAUGUGUGAAUCUAUCUCCAGUGAAGUGCUCGAUAGACAGUUUAGAACGAUUUCCAAAUCCUCACUCGAACAGCCAGAACCAGUGGGCCUGAUCAAUGCUGAUUCAUCUGGAAGGGAAAAAGACGCAAAAAUUGACGGAACAAAAAACGCUGAGCCAUGGAGCAACAGUGACACAGUUUUCUAUGAGGAUCAUUUUAACGAAAAUAAGUUGCACUCGGAAAGAGAUUUUUAUGGGAGGAGUCAAUCUCCAUGCCAAGACAGAAUUAGUAUCUCACAGUUCUACAAGGUUACAACAGUUGUAUGA